AGAGCGGACAGGCGGUGCAGCGGCGAUGCUUACCUCGAAGCGUUGGUCGGCGAAGCUGCUGCUGCUGCUGCUGCGUCUGGCCGCCAGCUCGCCGUCCGCGCCCGCCCAGCCGUGCUGCGAGAACCACGCGCCGCGCUCAUCUCAAGAGCGCCAGAUGCGCCUGCCGGACGGCUUCACCAUGGCCAUCGAGCCGAAACUGUUCUUCAACAUGUUUGACUCGGAGACGGAGGGCAAGCUGCGCGUGCAGACGCGGUUGGAGUUCCGAUACCGGCCGCCAGCCGGCUUUAGUGGGCGUCAGGCUCGCCAGGCAAUGGAUCGCGUCGCUGUGUUCUCCUCCCUACGGGCGGCGCUUUCCAGGUUCGGCCUGGACGGGCAGAGCUGCCUUCAGCGGGCUGUGUGCGAGACGUCCGGCACUCCGGACCACUCCGACGGCCUGCUGGGCGAGCUCGUGACGCUGGUGCUCUCGCCGUCACGCGGCCUGGCCGGGCAGGCGCCGGACCAGCUGGCCCCGCUGCUGGAGGCAGAGCGGCGCGGCCGCACGCUCGGUCCCGAUGGCUGCAGCGCCCUCUUCCCCAGCUGUCCGGUGUCGCUGUUCAACUUCGCCGACCGCGCUGCCGACUACACCGGCGCCCUGCUCGACCUCAUGAACGUGCCAGCUUGAUCACCGACGCUUCACCAGCCGGCGCGCCGGCCUGAGCACCGACGCCUCACCAGCCGGCGCGCGGGCCUGAGCACCGACGCCUCACCGGGCGGGACGCCAGCCUAGGCUACGACGUCUCACCAGGCGGGAUGGCGAGCAGGCCGGUAACAGUGCUGUUUCCAUGGUGCAGCGGCUACGGGCUUCCUUUUCAAAGCCCGAGUUCCUUUGAUAUCUCGGCUUUGUUUCAGCCGAGCCGACAAAUUAUGGAAACACCGUUCCUAGCUACUUUCCGUUUCUGGACCGCAUUGUUAAUCUGAUUAAGGCGACUAGUUUAUGCCACUGGAACCAAAUGCUACGAUGACCUUCGAAAUCGCGUUCAGGAAGGAAGAAUGGAAUCAUUGGCAUCAUGAAAGCAGGCUGCCGCCGUGCUCACGGGACGUGGAAGACGCGAGUUCGAACAUUGGGUUUGCGGCGCAUGUGAGGACAGUGUGUAAAGCCCGUGGCUUGUAGAAACUCGGUGGCGAUUAUGUAAGAGUCUAUCGCUGGCAGAAUGCGGCAGCAAGCCCGCCAGCUCCAUGAUUCCGGCAGUAAUGGGUCAUGGACAGGGAAUGCAUCCCAACAGCUUGUUGAGUCAGCCGCCAGAGCCGCUUUCAUGUGUCUGGGGCCGGGCCGCUGAAUGAUUUUCUUUGUCGGGUCUUCAUGGUGGGAAGCUGCUUGAGCCCGAGCAUGCUACGGUGCAGCAAAUAGAGGAGAGCACUAACUUAAAGGCUGGAAUUGUCUCGUUGGGGAAUGUCCGGUAUUUUUUAUGUUGGUGGUGUUGCGGUGCUGCCAGUUCCAUCCUACAUUUGUGAGCAUGAUCACCCCGUUGAAUAAAUAUGAGGGCACCAAU